CCAGGCCCAAAUUCCAGGCCCAAUUCCCAGAAACCCAAACAAGCACAGUUUGUCUUCACAGCUCAAAUUUCAAUUCCAAUCUCUGAUCUGAAACCAAACCUUCCGACGAUAUCAAUGGCGAACCAAACCCUAGCUAUAAUCGCCAUCCUUCUCCUCACCGCCGUGCCGUUCUCGGAAUCAAUCUCCUACACACAGUACCGUACACUCUUCUCCCUCUCCCACACGCUCUUAACUCGAGUGGCGAACCUACGCGCCGCCAGGGGCGACAUAUCUGGCGCGAACCGAGCCAGGACCAUGGCGGCGAAAUUGGAGCGAGGAAUGGGCUUAGGGUUUUGGAGAUUCAUGUGGUCGGCCAGUUGGGAUUACGUCACUAACUAUGCAUGGAGGGAUUUGUCCUACACGGAGCUCUUCGGCGCCGUUUCCGAUUCCAACGAGUUGCUAAAAUGGUUGGGUGAGUUGUCUCGGGCUGAAUCGGCCGGCCAACGCGCCGCCUGGAUUGGACGAAAUUACCAAAAUGUCCUUAGGGUUUCUAGCUCGAUGAUCUCUAGGCUUCUCAAAGUGUUUCGUCAAUCGGGAUCAUUGAGGGAAGUGGUGAAGACAGUGCAAAGAGAAGUAGUAGAUGGUGGAUUGUUGAGAGAUUGUCUUGAAUUGGGCACUAAUGACUUAAAAGGUUUGAUUCAAAUCCUCAAAGAUAUGGGGUUGCAGUAUGCUUCCAACACUGAUCAUACCAAUAGUGACUUAUGACAUUUUGGGUCACUAUUGAAAAUGGUUUCACUCACAUAAUAACUCUUUGCAUUUUCUUGAAAGUAAAGUAGUUAACUCUUCACACCAACUUCAAAUUACACAACACACACACAUAUAUGUAUACACACAAGAAAUGAUAACUUCGAUAACUUUUUCUUUGUGUCCUUUUUUUUGGGCAAUGCAAAGAUUUUCUUUUAAUUUUGUUUUGUUUCUCUGUUUUGGCCAAAUAGGAUAGGCAAGUCAUGAGUCAUGACCCUAGUCUGUCUUGGGUAUCUUGAAUCAAUAAGAAAUACAGUGUUGGUUUGAUU